AUGGUGCUUUUGAUCUCUCUUAGUUCGCAGUAUUUGGGCAAGCGAGUGGGGUGUUCGGCAGGGCCGUGGAUUAGCCUCAGUCGUGGGGUUGCGCUCGCAACGCAGCGGUGUGGGAGCUCCUCUUCGACGUUUCCUCCGUCUUCUUCUUCUUUGUCUUCAAAUAAUCAGGCAGAGAAUGGAAGUGGGAAGAACGUUGGGGGAAAUGGUCGUGGAGGAGGGGCCGCCCAAGACAUGGCGGCGUCGGAUCCGACGAACCCGUCUUCUCCAUCGAUAAAUCCUUCCUCCAAUUCUGAAAAGCGCACGGGGAAGUCGGAGAAGAUGUCGAUCACGAUUCGAAGCACCCCUGCGCGCCCCCACACCUGGCAGAUUCCCCCUCAACGUAGGAUCGCCCCCACCUCGUCAGGGGCGACGACAUCCGGUGGAUUUCACCCCCCCUCGCCGUCGGGAUCGCCCGCCAACGAAGGAUCUUUCCCUCCCCCUUUUGGCGUCGUGCAGGAGUUUAAACCGUUUGUGGAGCCGGUGAAGCGGAUUAUUUUCAUCCGAACGGGUUUGAGCGAGGCGAACGAGGAUCUGAAUCGGUAUAUCGAAACCCCGGACUGGAGCAUUCCGCUUUUGGAAGAGGGCAAACGGCAAUCCACCCAGGCAGGGCGUAAAUUGGCCUCCAUUGUCGUCGAGGAUCCCGUGUAUUUUUACUUCUCGCCGUAUAUUCGAUCACGGCAGACGUUGCGGUAUGUUUUGGAAGGUUUCGACGAGGAAACGCGCUCGCGAAAUAGCCAAUGCUACCCGUGGUGGGAGGCCCCUGAGGGGACCACCUCCUGCGGCUGCGAGAAAUCCUCUUCUUCCUCUUCCUCCUCCUCCUCAACAACAACAACACCAACACCAACCACAUCCUCCUCAUCGUUUCCUACAGAAUCGAAUCACGGGAUUUCAUCGGAGCGGGGUGUGGGGGGGGGGUUGUUGAAAAGUCCGCGGAGGAUCCGUCGUGGGCCCCUCGCGGCACCCCCGGCUGCCGCAUCGCCGGGAUGUCGGAGGACGUUCGCCUUCGCGAUGGCGAUAUCGGGCGCUACAAAACCGCCAGCGAGUUUCUCUUCCACCUCAAAGAAGCCGAGGCGUAUGGGCGAUUUUUUUACCGCUUUCCAUUUGGCGAGAGCGGCGCGGAUGUGUGCGAUCGGGUAA